AUGGCGGAGAGGCGGGUCAAGUAUCUUCGGUUGACCGCCCUCCGUCAAGACGGCAACGAAGUGGGUGCCCUGGCUCAAGUGUUCUGGUCCCUGGCUGAAGGCAUGGGAUACAAUGAUGCGGCCCUUAAGGACCACUUCAAUGGCGGCCUGGAUGAUCCAGUGCCCGAGGAAGAGAUGGCGCAGUUGGAGAUGCUGGAGUUCUGGGAAUUCGUGCGCUACCUGCAGUUUCGGUGUACCAGGGAAGUGGAAGAUGCUCAUGUGUUCAUUAGUUCUGGGGAAAAUGUCCGUCUGUCCUGUAAUAACGUUCUUCCUGACCGUAAAUCUACUACAUGGAUCUACACCAGAUUCAGAAAUUCAUCAACAGUUGAACUGAUUGCUUUAGGGGUAAAGAAGAAAAACACAGAGAGACACAAGAGACUGAGUCUGGGGUCUGACUGCUCUCUGAACAUCAACAACAUCACUAAAGAAGAUUGUGGGCAUUACAUCUGCCAGCAAUAUAAGAAUGACAAACUACAAGGAAGUGUUUAUCUGCAUGUUCUUCGUGUAUCUUCAUCUUCCUCAUCCUCACAGACUGAGAUCAGUGCAGGCCGGUCUUUGACUCUCUCCUGUCAGUUGUAUUCAUAUUCAUUUGCUGGAGUCUCUUGUGAUGAUUGGAACCGUUCUGCAGGAAUUGAGCUGUUCUGGGUUAAUCAGGCUGGUGUUAAACUGAACAUAUCUGACUCCAGAUAUCAGAUAUUAUUCUCAUCAGAUAACUGUAUCAGCUCUCUGACUACAACACUCCUGAAUGAAGACCACAACAGAGAGUGGAGAUGUGAAGUUACUCACAGAAAUCAAGUCAAGGCCUCCGUCACGUAUACAGUUAAGCGUUCAGGUUAG